ACUAAAAGUUUAUCUGAAAGAUUGAACCAGCAUAAAAGUUUUGUAAACUUGUGAAGCUUACCCAGUUUAGAAUCUAAGAUUGUAGGAAGGAGGGAAGAGGGUAGAUUAUAAUACACCAGUUUUGUAAAGAUGCACUUCCUCUCAACACUACCAAUUCUAGGUAGUGUACUGCUGUGCAGUACACUUGGUAUUUAUGUUAUCGAGGGGGAAGAUGAAGAAAGCAGUACAGUACAACAGAAUAAACAUGAUACAAAGCAAAGGUUGGGUCGAGGUACACAUGGUGGAUUUCCUUGUGGAGCUUGCACUGUUCUAGUCGGAUUAGGGGAACAGUUGGCUGACAUUAAUAAUGAGACGCUUGCACAAGGCCUGGAAAGCUUAUGCAGUCGUCUUCCUGAUCCGUUGUCGGUGGAUUGUUCAAAUGUCGUCUUUACCCUGGGCCCUGCUGUACUAGACUAUCUCUCCAACUCCUCAACACCUGAUACACUAUGCUACAGUAUUGGGCUCUGUAACAAGGAACCUGGGCAAUGUAAUCUUUUUCCAAAAGGAAAGCAAGCCAGCCAAGCCAAAUCAAAAAUCCGAAAGCUCUCAGAAAUAGAGAAUAGUUAUCUUUCAGAAAUGAUUGUAAAAGUGUUCCCUUGGCUCUGUUAUAUACCUGGAGUACGUCAGCUCUGUGAAGCACUAGAGAGGACCUUUGAGCAGUUGGAACCUGGUCUAGAUAUUGAUGGGGAUGGAUUUAGUCCAGCAGAAACGUUUAGAGGGUCUCUAUGGCGAGGACGAGAUUGUCACGAUGGGAACUCAAAUAUUCAUCCUGGGCGUAGACCUUCCAACGGAGACAGGCAUAUAGAUUCUAACUGUAACGGUAUCUACGGUGUGAAUCCUAUCUCAGGACGAAGCUGGGAGGAGGAGCUGUGUUCAGGAUCAGGAGAGAAGGGGAUUAUAUAUAUUGGUGAUUCAGUCGGGGCCCAUUUUCAUAUUCCGGCUCAGUGGUUUUCUCCAGUGGAUAUCGGAGGCCAGAUAUUCACUAAUUUAACGGAGGUUAUCACAAACGAAGGAGAUUGGCCUCAUCUAGGGUUUGCUACAGGGUUCAGGAAUUCAUCAAUGCCGGAUUUGAUACACGGGAAAGUAGAUUCCAUUUAUCUGCGGCUUCGGGAACGGAAUCUGUGCAAUCACCGAGAUUAUCAGAAUCUUGCAAGAAACGGAGCAAAUUCUACCGAUACACUGUUCUAUAUACAAGCUCUCAAUCAGUCCAGACGGGAUCUGCCGGCUAUAGUGUUUUAUGCUCUAAUUGGUAACGAUGUUUGCACCGAGAAACCAGACCCUGAUAUAAUGACAACCCCGCAGAUGUUUCAAGAAAAUACUUUAAAAGUUCUUCAAAUUCUGGAAAAACAAUUAGCACCGGGAAGCCACCUUGUUCUAGUUGGGCUUAUAGAUGCUGCUUUCCUUUAUGAUGCAAUGGCGGAGCGCUUUCAUCCCCUUGGAGCAUACAAUAAAAAUAUUAAAUACAAGGACAUGUAUGCCUGGUUCAACUGUAUGCAGAUUGGACCAUGUGCAGGCUGGAUGAACUGGAACAGUACAUUGAGAUCCAUUACUUCCAAGAGGUCAAGAGAGCUCAGUGAUGUUCUACGCCAGAUUGCUGAAAAACAGAAGUUUUUUAACUUUGACAUCACGUUUAUUGAUAAUCCCUUCCAAACAGUGAUAAAUAGUUGGAUAUCUGGAGGAGGAGAAGUGUAUCAGUUAGUUGAACCAGUAGACAGUCUGCAUCCAACUCAGGCCGCACAGACUUUAAUUGCGGAGCAGGUAUGGUCAGAACUUCUUGAAAAGGCUCCACAUAUCAUUGGACCAGUAAAUCCGGCAAAUCAGCUGAUUCAGAAGCUGUUUGGUGAUCAAGGAGGACAUUAAUCAGCUGAUUCUACAGCUGUUUGAUGAUCAAGGUGGACAUUAAUAAGCUGUUUGAUAAUCAAGGUGGACAUUAAUAAGCUGUUUGGUGAUCAAGGUGGACAUUAACCAAUUGAUGUAACAGCUGUUUGUUGAUUAAGUUGCAGACAUUAUUCAGCUGAUUCAGCAGCUGUUUGGUGAUCCGGGUUUACCUUAAUCAGCUGUUUGGUAAUCAUGGUGGACAUUAAUUAGCUGAUUCAUCAGCUGUUUGGUGAUCAAGGUGGACAUUAAUCAGCUGUUUGGUGAUCAAGGUUGACAUUAAUCAGCUGAUUCAACAGCUGUUUGGUAAUCAUGGUAAACAUUAAUCAGCAUAUUUGUGAUCAAGGUGGACAUUACUCAGCUGUUUGGUGAUCAAGAUGGACAUUAAUCAGCUGAUUCAACAGCUGUUUUGUGAUCAAGGUGGUAGAUCAGUUGUUUUGGUGAUCAAAAUGGACAAAAAUCAGCAGCCGAUUCUACAUCUGAACAUUAAUCAGCUGAUUCGCCAAUUUAUUUUCAAUAAAAAAAGCGUAAGAUGUCAUAUGACUCUGUUAUUAUUUAUUUCUCUAUUUAUUAGAAUAAAUCUAAAAAAUAUUAAAUUAAAAGUGUUUGUAAAGAUUGCCUCGGCCCGCGACUAAACUCAAGGUUUGGUCGAGUUUACUAUAAUAAAAAUAAGCAAAAUGUGA